CGAUCUUUGCUCUCCUGUUGUCUUCUGUGCCUUUUUCUUGAUAGUGUUUCGCUUCAUUUGCAAAAUGUUUGUUAAAAAUAUCGCUAAAAGCUGCUAUUCCGGUUUGAGAAAUGUCUCCGGGCGAGGACAGACACUUUCUGCUGCUACUACAAGAUUGCAGCACAGUCAGACCCAGCAGCACAGGCAUCCCUCUACACGUCCAGAGACCUCUGGCGCCAAGACCCUGAUGGACAUUGGCACUCGCCGGAUCUUCAAUGAGGACCAUGACAUGUUCAGAGAAAGUGUCCGGCGCUUCUUUCAAGAGGAGGUGGUGCCACACCACAAAGAGUGGGAGAAGGCAGGUCAGGUGAGCAGGGAGGUGUGGGAGAAGGCUGGCGAGCAAGGCUUGCUGGGAAUAAUGACGCCAGAGGAGCACGGUGGCAUCGGAGGAGACUUGUUUUCUACUGCCAUCACAUGGGAGGAACAAAUGUAUUCCAACUGCUCAGGACCCGGUUUCGCCCUGCACUCCGACAUAGUCUUGCCCUACAUCCUCAACUACGGCUCCAAGGAGCAGAUCGACUACUUUGCCCCCAAGAUGAAUGCAGGAAAAUGCAUCGGCGCUAUUGCCAUGACAGAGCCGGGAGCAGGCAGUGAUCUUCAAGGCGUGAGGACAUACGCCAAGAAGGACGGCAGCGACUGGAUCCUCAACGGCAACAAGGUGUUCAUCACAAACGGUUGGAUGGCCGACCUGGUGGUGGUAGUGACCGUGACCAACCGCGAGGCCAAGACAGCCGCGCACGGCAUCAGUCUGUUCCUGGUGGAGAACGGCAUGAAGGGCUUCCAGAAAGGACGCAAGUUGGAGAAGAUUGGUCUGAAGGCUCAGGACACAGCCGAACUGUUUUUUGAGGAUGUGCGGCUCCCAGCUAACGCCCUCUUAGGGGAACUCAACAAGGGUUUCUACUAUCUAAUGAAAGAACUGCCUCAGGAGCGUCUGUUGAUUGCUGACAUGGCCAUAGCAAGUUGUGAGUUCAUGUUUGAGGAAACCAGGAACUAUGUGUUGCAGAGGAAAGCUUUCGGCAAGACAAUCUCUCACCUACAGACUGUGCAGCACAAGCUGGCAGAGCUGAAGACUGAAAUCUGUGUGGGCAGAUCCUUCGUGGAUAACUGCCUUCAGCUCCACGCUGAGAAACGCCUGGAUCCCUCCACAGCCUCCAUGGCCAAGUUCUGGGCAUCUGACCUCCAGAACAAGGUGGCCACUCAGUGCCUGCAACUCCAUGGAGGCUGGGGUUACAUGUGGGAAUAUCCCAUUGCCAAGGCAUUUGUGGACUCUCGUAUUCAGCCCAUCUACGGAGGCACCAACGAGAUCAUGAAAGAGCUCAUCGCCCGCACCAUUGUCAGCCAGAAGUGAGAAAUUUGGAUGUUUUCACGGUGGAGGAGCACUGGGGAAAGAGGGAUGGUUUGCACAGAUGUGUUUGUUUCUCGGUACAGGGUUUGUCUGGAAAAAAUGGAAAAAUAUGAAUGUCCUCCUUGAUGGUCGUGAAAAGUCUGGGAAGGUAUGACAGAAUGUACUUAAACCUGCAUUGCGGAACUUUUGUCUCCCCCUUCUGGUAGUUACACAAACAGUGUCAACGCAUGCUUAUGAUAUAUGCCUCCGUCUGUCACUACUGGCUGUAAAACGGUGGAUAAAUUUUUUUUAAUGUCACAACCUCCCGUGAAAUGACUUGUUUCACUAUCAGAAUUUCAUCCAUUAUAUCCGAUAACAUUUGGAAAGUCUAGAAAAGCAGCAUGAUUGAAUCAUUUCAUCCCCAUUCAAAUUAGCGGAGGGCUAAAACAGUAGUCAGCUGGUUCGGCUGUCAGAAGUCUCUUGUGCGCAUGCACAGUAUGCAUUCAUCCAGGUAAUUUCUUUACUUCUUAGCAGGAAGCGGCUUUCUUGGCUUCAUGCGCCACUGAGAAACUUUCACAGGAAUAAACUGAGCCCUGCCUCCAACACUGUAUCCAGUUCUUAUUAUGCAUCCAUGGUUGCUCCCAAUCAUUGCUGGUUGAUGUAAAAACAUCACUACCGGACACCAGUGAUGGACUUAAUCAGCAUUUUGUGAUCUCGUUUGGUAAGGGCUUGAAUGUAACAGAUGUUCAUUUAUAUGUAAAAGUUCCGCACUGCAGCUUUAAAUUCCACUUGAAUUCUUCAAAUCAGCAUAAGAAGUUGCAAGUUGAAAAAAAACAAAAUAAGGGUUGUCUUUGCUUUUAAAGUGAGGCAUAUUACAGUAGGUUUAGAGGGUUGAUUUAUUAUCCUCUUCCAAAUCAAUUAAAAUGAACACUGGUCGCUUGAGGGUUUCUGAACAAAGACUUUAACCGUAAUAAAAUAUGAGUUAUAUUUUUCAACUUUGCCAAGAUCUUGACUUAUUUUUAUGUCAUUUAACAGUCAUUGUAGUGUCUGUUGUAUUUACACUUGACUGAAAAAUAACAGAUUCCAGGUAAAAAUGCACUCAAACGUAUUUUGUUUUUGUAAAAGAAAAGUGUUAUUAGUUGCUUGAGUGUGUGACAUUAUUGAAGAGAUGAUUGUCAUUUAUUUAUCAGAUCUAUAUGCCUUUUUGUCAACACUGAAAGUGUCCUCAAUGUAAUUUCUUGGUUGUCCAUUUUGAUUAAAUAAACACACAGUGUUUUAA